AUCAUUCAUCUCUCAUUUUUCUCCUUGCUUUGUUUCCAUAAGAUCGUACAACCUAUCGUGAGCUCUGCUACACCUUGCUACAUUUCAAACAACAUCGCAGUAUCCAACCUAUUUGAAUCGACAGCAUAAUGGUCGCGAUUAAUGCUGUUCGGGCUUCGAAUGUCGCAUUUAAAGCUGCAGGCACUCCAGGUAUGGUUGCCGUGUUUGCGGGUGCAACAUCAGGUAUUGGUAUGGGUACAUUAAAAGCAUUCAUCAAGUACGCAAAUGCUCCCAAGGCGUACAUCAUUGGACGAUCCGAAUCAGCUGCAGGGCGUCUACUCAAAGACCUGAAACUUUCAAAUCCAUCAGCAACACUGAACUUCCUCGAAGGCGAGAUCUCUUUAAUCAAGGAAGUGGAUAGACUUUGCGAUGAAAUUAAGAGGAAAGAAGAAAAGGUCGAUGUCGUAUUCUUAAGCGCAGGCUAUCUGUCCUUCGAUGGUCGGAAUGAAUCAUCUGAAGGGAUUGACAUCCCUCAAUCCCUCCGUUACUAUUCUCGUCUCCGUUUCGCCUACAACUUGAUUCCUCUUCUGCAAACCGCUCCCAAUCCCCGAGUUAUUUCAAUCUUAGCGGGGGGGCAAGAGAAAUCAAUUGAUCUUGACGAUCUCGAAGUAAGGCGAGAUUUCACUAUGAUUAAAGCUGCUGGUAGUGGAACAACUCAAACAACUCUAGCUUUCGAAGAACUGGCGAAGUCUAACUCUCGCAUAACUUUCAUUCACAAGUAUCCGGGAUUUGUGGAUACUGGGGCUGUUGGUAGAUUGAUGUCUUCUACCACGGGUUUUUAUGCCAUUCCAUCAACUCUCUUUAGAUGGGUAAUGUUACCUUUUCUCAACUUAUUUGCAAUGAGUGUGGAGGAAGCGGGAGAGAGGGGAUUAUUUUUGGCAACUAGUGCGAAGUACCCACCUGCCGAAAUAAGAGGGGGGGCUAGUCCGGGCGUAGAGCUACCUGUGGGUGUAGAAAUUUCAAGGAGUUCCGUGGUUGGUGAAAAUGGAAGUUCAAAUGGAGUUUACAGACUCAAGGCAGAUGAUGAGAGUGCACCUGAUGGUGACAUCUUACCGGACUAUAGGAAGAUCAUUGCAGAAAGAGUUGUCUGGGAGAGCACAAUGCGUGUCUGGGAGAGAGCUUUGGAGAAGGCAUGAUGACUCCAGAAAAGGUUGGACUGACAAGCAUGGAUCUGUGGACAAUCCAUCGUUAUGAUGUAAUUAAACAUUUUUUUGAUUGAAUUUUAUCAGCAAGUCAAUGAAUCUUCCAUAAGACA